AUGGGCGCCACAACUUCAGCAGUCAAGGAGCAAGAGCCGCCGCUCGCCCCGCCCGAGCUCCAGUAUCUUCAGCCGCUCGCCCUACCGGCAGCCCCUCAACAACACGUUCAGCUGUGCGCGAUGACUCAAAAGGCUCUAAACGACUGCGUGGCGAUGUGGGGAAGCCGCGAAUCGUGCAUGGCCCUCGUCGACGCACAUCGCAAAUGCCUCCGCGACAAGGAAAUCAAG